GAGAGAGAGAGAGAGAGAGAGAGAGCGAGACGAAUGAAAACCUCCUCGGAUAGCACUAGUGCCGCUGCUUUUUGUCUAUUUUAGUAUAUACAAAAUAUAUAUAUAUAUAUAUAUAUAUAUAUAUAUAUAUAUAUAUGUCUGUAUGUAUCUAUAGCUGUAUACAUAUUCUAGUUUAAGCUUUCUCAAAUCUGCAUCUCCGUAUAAAAUCCUACCCUGCUAUGGAGUAAUUCACUUCACGUAGAGAGCAACAAAUCGUAGUCUUUUCGUGUUUGGAUCUGGAAGAGCCGAAUUUUCUUGCGAAUUUUCUGUCACUUUCUUUUUGUCUUUUUUAUUCUGUUGUUUGAUUCAAUGGUGAUGGAAGAUACCGAGAGCUGUAGUAGCCGAGUGAUGGAAUCGUCGUCGCCAGUAAAUGCGCGGCAACUGAGGAAAAAGCUUGAGGUGUACAAUGAAGUUCUUCGUAGGCUUAAGGAAUCGAAUAGCGAAGAAGCUGAAGAGCGUGGUUUUGAAGAUGAACUUUGGGCUCACUUCAAUCGACUUCCCACUCGGUAUGCACUAGAUGUGAAUGUGGAGAGGGCAGAAGAUGUUCUCAUGCAUAAAAGAUUAUUGCAUCUGGCGCAUGAUCCUGAUAAUAGACCUGUAUUCGAAGUUCGCCUAGUGCAGGUUCCUCCUGUAUCUGAUGGUAAUACGGCAGAUUCUGUCCAUUCAAGCUCUUCAAGGAAUGAAGUUGCCCAAAGCAUCCAUCCACCACCUGCCUUUGGUUCAUCUCCUAACCUCGAAGCCCUUGCACUUGAAACAAACAAAUCUCAAGAUCAAGAUUGGGACAGUGCUGUACAUGCCCAUUCACGGUUCUUCCGGCCAAUGCAUGAGAUCACCUUUUCAACAGAUGACAAACCAAAGCUUCUCAGUCAGUUGACUUCAUUACUAGCUGAGGUUGGGCUGAACAUCCAGGAAGCGCAUGCUUUUUCCACAGCAGAUGGUUAUUCUUUAGAUGUUUUUGUUGUUGAUGGUUGGCCAUAUGAGGAAACCGAGAGGCUCCAAACUGUGUUAGAAAAGGAAGCUUUCAGAAUUGAGAAACAAUGCUGGCCAAAUCCUCGUUCAUUAUCUCCUAUAAGCAAGCCAGAGCAAUCAGGGAUCAAAUGUGAACCUGAUCAUUUGAAGAUACCAAAUGAUGAUGUAUGGGAAAUUGAUUCUCUGCUUCUAAAAUUUGAGAAAAAAAUUGCAUCUGGGUCAUACGGUGAUCUAUACAAAGGUUCAUACUAUACUCAGGAAGUAGCUAUCAAAGUCCUCAAGGCAGAGCAUGUAAAUUCAGAUAUGCAGAGGGAGUUUGCUCAAGAAGUUUUUAUUAUGAGGAAGGUUCGACACAAGAAUGUUGUACAAUUCAUAGGUGCAUGCACCAAACCUCCAAGCUUGUGCAUUGUGACAGAGUAUAUGUCCGGUGGAAGUGUGUAUGACUAUCUACACAAACAUAGGGGUACUUUUAAGCUUCCAUCUUUACUCAAAGUAGCAAUUGAUAUAUCAAAGGGAAUGAACUACCUGCACCAGAAUAAUAUAAUUCAUAGGGACUUGAAGGCUGCCAAUCUUCUGAUGGAUGAAAACGAACUUGUUAAAGUGGCUGAUUUUGGAGUUGCCAGAGUAAAAGCUACAUCCGGUGUUAUGACAGCAGAAACAGGGACAUAUAGAUGGAUGGCUCCUGAGGUUAUAGAGCAUAAGCCCUAUGAUCACAAGGCUGACGUUUUUAGUUUUGGGAUCGUAUUAUGGGAGUUGCUAACUGGAAAGCUUCCUUACGAGUAUUUAACCCCGUUACAAGCAGCUGUUGGAGUUGUCCAAAAGGGUCUGAGGCCUACAAUCCCAAAGAACACUCAUCCAAAGCUUGCUGAGCUGCUUGAGAGAUGCUGGCAGCAAGAUCCUGCCUUACGACCUGACUUUACUGAAAUAUUAAACAUCCUGCAGCAAAUAGUCAAGGAGGUUGGGGAUGGAGAGGAUCGGCACAAAGAUAAAUCAUCUGGUGGAUUCCUAUCAGUCCUCAGACGGGGGACAUCACUGAAGCAAAAGGAAGGACAAUGUUCAUAGCAUGUAUACAUAAGCCCUAUUUUCGGGCCAUUUCUCAUCUGUUUUUUCAUCUGUGUUGUACAGCUCCUCCUGGUUCCUUUUCAUUUUAAGAUUUUGUUAUCUUUUCUUGGUUAUUAUUUGACCAAGCCUCACCUUCUUGUUCAUGGCCCCUGCUGUUACAUCAUCAUCUCAAAAGGGGCAAUGUUGAUGAGCAUUGUAACUUAAUCUCCCUGCAGUAUCAAAUUAAUGUUUAAUUUCUGAAUUCAGUAAUUUUUUUCUGACCAUUAUUAUGGAAAUAUGUAUCUUAGCUUUUGUUUGUCUUGGGUA